CGCGGGCGACGUGAAAGUGGGCGGGGCAUAUUUGACACUGCGCGCGGUCUUUGAAAGAAAAUGGCGGAGCUUCAGAGUGGAGGAUUUGAGCCGUGUGAUGCCAGCAACAUCAAUACCACGGUCUCAGAAGUGUCUCAUGGAGUCAAACGGCCUCAUGAUAGUAACCACAUCUCAGGUCCUCCUCAGAAAUCCCCUUGCACGUCUCCUGCUCCUGCAGCAAUGCAGCAUUUAGGAGAGGAGGAGCGGUUGGAGGACUCGAAGAUGAACUCUGUUGAGGACGGCAUGAGGGAAAGUGUGACCGUCACUGCUCCAGAACGAAGCCCUCGCUCGCGGAGGAAAUCCUGGAGGAGAUCAUCCAGAGGCAGACGCUCUCUGCCGGCUUUCUCCAGCUCCUCACAGCCACUGUGUGAAACCAUCAGCCUGUCUUUACCCGAUAAUGAGAGGCUGGAGAUGCUAAUUAAAGCUGCUAUGCAGAGGACAGUGAAGAGGGCCAAAAAUAGUCUGUACACUGUUCCUGGUGUUGAUACAGACACACUCCAGACACAAGUUGAGUCUUUGCAUGAAGAAUGGGACAGUCUGGCUAAAGACAUUAGAAGAGAAACUCAGAAUUCACUUCCAACUGUUGAGAGUGACCCUGUUGUUAACAUGACCACUGCACGCAUUCAAGAAGACAUUAACAGGUUACAGGCUGAAAGUAUGUCAUGGGAGUCGCUACUGAAUAAACACCGGAGCAAAGCUGAAGAGCUAGACAAAUGUGUGGAGCUGGGUGAAGAGAAGGGGGUGCCACUGGACCCAUCAUGCUUUGCCAAGUCUUCACAGAGUCAACUCAUUUUGAACAAACCCGACUACAAGACAGUACUCAUGGGACAGCAAAAACUACUCAGAAACAUGGAGCUAGUGAUGGACUCACAGUGUUGUAUAAUGAGGGAGCUGCUGUCUUUCCAUGAGAAAUCACAGCUGCUGCUAAAGGAGACCAGCGCCAGACUGGCUUCCAGGGCGGGAUUUCAGAAUCUCCCUUCAUCUCCCGUCAGACAGCUGAUAAAAGGACCCAUAUCUAGUGUUUCAUCCUAGUUUACAAUGCUGUAAUGAAUCCCACAGGAUGCUGAGCUUUCACAGAAAAGCUCUGUGAUCUGAUAGGACCAUUUCGGUUAUGCAUUAUUACUUUUUAAAUAUCAUUUCCACUUUUUGCUAUAUCAAAAUACACAUCCUUUUAAUGUUACCCAGUAAUUUGGAUAAACUAUAUAAAUUCAUACUAGACGUAGGGGUGAAUAAUCUGCUCUUGCUGUGGACAGUAACAUAGAAGGUUCAGAAUGUGUGCAUGAAGCGCAGAGAUGGACACUAGAUGGCAGACUAGUUAUUCACCUAGUUAUUCAAAGCUUUACAUUUACCUGUGUAUUUUAGUGUUUCGUUUUGUACAGAUUUAUGACUAUAAUUAAAUGCCUUGACAUUUGCUUCAAACUUUUUUAUUUUUUUAAUUUUGUCAUGUUUUGAAGGGAAAAAAAUCAGUUUUUAGCCCCCAAAUGCUUUUAUACGGUCUCUAAACUGUCCUAGUGUCUAAUGGACUAAGGAUGAUAUUCAUUCAUCCAUCACUGGAUUUUUUUCUUCUGCCUGAAUGGGGAAAUUGAAUAAACGGUUUGUGCUGGUGUCUUGUUUCCAGGACAAACAUGGCAAGCUUGUAUUUAUACGCUUUAAGUCAUCAUUAUUAGCUUAAAGAAAAGACACUGGCCUUUGGGCUUUAGUCAUGAGCUCUUUGAGGGCCUUUUAGCCAUCUAUUAUGUUUGUUCUCAUGCGUCCCGUGACCCCUUCCCCCACACUUCCAGCCCUUGUUCUCUAUUCACCAUCACACAAGGCUGCUGAGCAAGAAACAGGCUUAGAAGAUUUUCCCAGUGAUUUCUCCACUUCACAUCCUCUCUGUUUAUAUCACAUUUCCAUGCCCACAAGACUAAACACGACCUGCUCUGAACUCCCAUGGCAUAAUAAUAGUAUUUGAGUUCGACGUUUGCUCUCGAUACUACGUCCGCCGUGAUCAAAGAAACUGAAGACAGACGUUUUAACAAUCCCAAAAGAAAAACCUUUAACCGUUUCGGUCUGAACAGCUCGAAAACGAGGUCAUUUUUCUCUCGUGCGCACGCGGGCUGAUUAGACUUGGCUUGUAUUUAGUUUUCUCUGUUAAUGUAGGGAUGGAGGUGGUGUAGCAGGAGAGUGGGGUUAAGCGUUAGAAGCACUGGGGGUGGCACAGCAAGAGGGAUCGAUUCUUAUUUAGAUGAAAAUGAGGCUCAGCGCUUGUGGGCCGAGGGUGCAUCUGCCUCAAACAGAUUUAAGAAGAAUACCUAUUCACAGUCAAGAGGGGAAAAA